AUGUCCAUGUCUCCGGCAGAUAUGCAGAAGCUCCUGCAAGAAAUCGAGCAAAAGGCCCAGUUCUGCCAGCAACAGAUGGUCAUUGUCAAGCAGCAAAUCAAUAGCAAGAACCGCGAAAACCGCAUGCUUCAGCUCACUGCCGCCGAACUUGACGGCCUGCCAUCUGACGCCAACGUCUACGAGGGUGUCGGCAAGAUGUUCGUCGCCAGCCCCACGACCGACGUCAAGGUCCGCCUGACAAAGGAUCAAGAAACCAUCAAGAAGGAUAUGGAAGGCCUAGACAAGAAGAUGCACUACCUCGAGACAACCUUCAACAACAGCAAGACUCACUUGGAUGCCAUCUUCAAGAACGGUGGCAGAUGA